ACGUACGAGAGAAAAAACACACACACACAGGUAACCUCUAAAUCUCGACAAUGAUUUCCGACGAUGACAAAUGACAAAAGGUGCGAGAGACGAUGAGUCGUCGAUUUUUCGUCGCGAAGAAAAAAUUCGCGCGCGACUGUCAUCCGCGUCCAGCAGAAGACAGCGCGACGUUUUGAACUGUCAGGGUUGGGUCAGGUUAGGAUGAAGUGAGGGUAGAUUUCUACUUUACGCAAGUUGCGCCCGGAUUGCGCUUAUUUGUACUUUUAGUACGCUGGAAAAAAAAAAUGGCGUCCAUUUAAUCAACUUUCUGCCGAGCGCGAUCUGUUUUGAUUGGGACGUGUUGCUGAUCGAAAUCGAUGAUGAUGAUUAUGACGGUGUUAAUGAUGAGACGUAGGUGAAGGACGUUGCAUUUGACCGUGCAGGGAAGACGGAAUAUGGGCCUAAAGGCAGCUGUUCAGGCUCUCAAGAAAGCAGAACCAUUGAAGGAUAAAGUUCAGCGCUGCAAGGAUCUGUUGAACGACAAUGAUGCCUGGGUAUGUCAGCAACAGCUGCAAAAGAUAUAUCAACAAGUCCUCAUACUGGAUUUGGAAUACGCCCUGGAUAGGAAGGUCGAGCAGGAGCUAUGGAAUCUUGGAUUUAAGAACUACAUAGCGACUCUGCAGUCACAGGCCAAGGACAGGAAGAACCCCAAGCGUGGUGAAUCGCAAGCAUUGCUCAGUUGGUGCUUAGAAGCGGCCAGUGGUUUUUAUUUGACCCUGUUACAGGAAAUUUGCACUGUAUUUGAUUUGGAUCUACCAUUUAGAAGGAAGGGUUAUGUAUAUGGUUACACGUCCCCGUGGAAGGCUGUUGAAAAAUUAUCUCCACCUCACAAGUCGUCUUGUUUUUAUGCUUGCCAAUAUUGCCUUGUACAUUUGGGUGACAUCGCACGAUAUAGAAAUGAAAGCAAGCAAGCUGAGAUGUUCUAUAGACACGCUGUUUCGUUGUCACCAUCCAGCGGACAGCCUUAUAAUCAACUGGCCCUCCUAGAAGCAUCUCGCGGUGACAAAUUGGGAACAGUGUUUCAUUAUGCACGUUCAGUAGCUGUCAAGCAUCCCUUUCCUGUCGCUACGGCGAAUCUCGCCACGACUCUGUCGUCCGCCUUGAACGACAAAUCUUUUAAUAUCGACGGCAAGACCAAGUUGAACUCUCAGGAGUACAUCGCUGUCUUUCUGAAAUUGCACGGAAUAAUUCACAAUUUUGGCGACUUGAAGCUCGCGUGCUCGUACAGUAAACAGUUGACGGAAACGUUAACUGCAUUGGUCGCUACCGAGAGUUUCAGUCCGUGGAUGCUGAUACAGAUGUUGGUGAUAAAUCUAUAUGCUCUGCAACACGCGGCCGGAAGUGGCCCGGAUAACACAGAAUUACUCAAAAACGAACAACUGACUAACGAUGAAAAAAUGGCCCGUGAUUGUAUACUGGACCUAAUCGCAGGCACUCUGUCUGCUUUAUUGUUACCCGUCUAUACGAUAAAGAACUCUAUCAUCGAGUAUUUUGCGUUGCCUUCUAUAAAACUGUGCCUUGAUUGGAUCAAUAUAAAACCCACGGUUUUGGAGGAAGUUGCUUUUACAUCAAGAUUACAAAUAUGGCCCAGCCUCUGCGUGCUUUUGAAUGCUCUGCAGAAUUGUGUGGUGGAUUUUAAGCAUGACGAGUAUGCUGUAGUGCCACUGCCAGAAGAUCGCGACCUUCAGGGUUUCUUGCCGUUGGAAAAAAGUUUCGAGAACCUCAGAUUCACGAAUACUGCGUUGGAAGGCGACACCGCGAUGUUAAACAAAUUGCGUGCCGUGCGCAUUCUGCAUCUGGGCCGUUGUCUCGCUCAGAAUCGCAUCAAUGGAUCUGCGCCGAUCUCGAUUACGACGGAGGAGAAGACAGGCGAGAGCAGAUUCACAUCUAUGAGUAACGGCGUUGGGCCCAGCAACGAAUUAAUGAAGGAACUCGAGGAACUAAGUCUGAACAAGGAACUGAAACAACUGAACACCUCGAUGAGCCCGGUGCUAUCUGAAGCAGCUAGCAGCAAAAGUUCUACGGAAACCGAUGCCGAGAUUCCUGUUGAUAAGAAGAUCUUUCAAGGCAUUCUUAAGCCCCAGGGUUCCUUGGAACGGAACCGUGACUCCGAAACCAGCGGCGCCGAGGCAUGCUCUCUUCCAUCUUCCAGCGCGAGAAAGCCGCGGCAAAAUAUUGCGAUGCAGGCGAUUAUGCGUCGCGCGGAGACCGAGCAGAAGCAGGUAACGUUCAAGAACGUGUCGCCCGUGAUCGUCGAGGAAGAGAAUGAUAAGAAGACGAAAGCGACGGUCGUUGCACCGAUUAACACUUCCAUGGCGAAUAAACCGACACCGAUUCUAGAGAUGCCUAAGACUAACGAGGCUUCUAGUACGAACAAUUCUGUUGUUAGCGCUCCGACUCGACUGUCAAUGAUGUCCACUGGUUCGCAGAGCCAGUCCCCGUUAGUUCAGAGUCAGCAGAGAUCCGUGAAACCAACAUUGCCGCCCAACAUCCCCAUACCUACUCAAUUGGUGGUGGUCAAAGAGCAACAAGCUCAGCAAGUUGCUCAACAAAUGCUCCCGCAGUUGCACGCCGGCAAUAUAACUACGCAGAUUACAAAUCAACAGACCUCGACCGGAUUGGGACCGGUGUGCUAUCCGAAUCAGUCAUUCAACGCACAGAAUCCGCAGUUCGCCAACAACUUCAUGACGAACCGAUCGCCGCAUUAUCAGAUGCAGGGACAGCUUAGCAAUAAUGGACAACCGGUUACAGCGAUACCGCAGAGCAUCAACGGGAUACAUCACUCAAUCAGUCAGAGCAGACCUUUGCAUCAGAGGAUGCCGCAAAGUGUGCCCUCUGUGCAGAUGAUACAACAAAGCAUGCGAUUAGGUUCGCCCGCUCAGCCGAGCAUGUUGCAGCCUAAUAUAAAUCUGCCGGCGAAUAAUAUGGGGCUACAGGCGAGCAUCAAUGUGGAACAACAGAAUCACGCUAUCGGAUUGCAGCAGCAACAGCAGCAGAACAUAAUGCAGAGCAAUUCUAGAUCGAAUAGCAUGCACAGUCAGUUGAACGGUAGUCCAGGUAUGGCAAACGUGCCUGCGAUGAUGUCGACAUUGCCAUCAGUGUACGAGAAGGAUCCCCAGCAAUCGAGCUUAACAACCCUGGUGAACAGUUCGCAGAGUCCAACGAGCGGAUCGAACUUUCAGCUUAAUUUUAAUCAGAAUCAUUUUAAUCAGAGCCAGACUUUCGUCGGUCAGGGUCCACUGUCGCAAAAUCAGCCGUCACCGUCGUUUUACAAGAACAAUGCCGAGACGAUGGACUUUCAAUUCCCAAACCAGAAGAUAGUUAACAAGAAUCAACCACCGCCGCAGCAACAGCCAGUGACGAAUAAUUAUAACAUGUUCUGCAACUACGAGCCGACAGAACACUUUAAUUUAUGGAGGGACAGUCGACCUCCUCAACCACCAAUUGCUUGGUGGGGUCCGGCUGGUAACACCACGGCUCAGAUGCACAUGAAGGAUUCCAUUGUUAAUGAGAAUGCGUUCUCGAACUGGAGCGACUCGUCUACCCUCGGAAAUAUGGCGAAUAGGGUGCCGUUGACGCCGGGUAAAAAUUACCAGCAGCAACAACAAAACGGACAGCACGGCAGACAUCUUAUGGCAGGAAAUAAUUUCGAGGACUCCAGAUUGUUUGAAGUUGAGCAGAAGCCGUCCCAACCCGUGAGCACCGGCAAUACUUAUUCCUUGUUUAGUAGCAACACCUGGAGCACCGUCAACACGCCGAUCAAUACGAAUUCGACCAGUCAAGAUCAAAUGAAGGCACGACUACAUCAGCAGUCUCUGUGGUCUGGACCGGGUCCUUCCCCGUUAGAACGGCUUCUCGAGCAGCAGAAGUCGCUGCGCGAGGGUGGGACCACUUGAAGGGACGCGCCGAAAUCCGAUUAAAGGAGGCCAAGCAGUGUAAUUUCGCAUUCAGCGUAUGCCGAUUUAAGUAAUCGCGGCGACGAAAACAAAUCACUUAAUUAUUCGAUGCGAGAAAUGCGCAAAAUUCUCCAAAGAUAUGUAGAAAGAGUGGAUACCGAGCUCGACUAUAUAUAAGAUGCAGCCUGUUGUCCUCGUGGCAUUAUGAUAUGCGCAGAGGUAAUAUAAUCUUCGUUUAUUUUGUAAUCGCAUGUGACAGAUCUACGACAGACUUUAAGUACAUUAUUGCGUGAUUUUUGGAUUUCUUGCAAAUUAAGAAAAACAAGACGAAGGAAUGAAAGACGACGAUUUAACCGCAAUACUUUAAUUUGUAUGGAAAUAAAUAAGCAAGCAACAGGAAAAAAAAUUAAUAGAGAUGCAAAAAAUACAGUAGCUUCUUAACGUACAUUAAUUAGUAUGCAGGAAAUAAAUGAAAACGUAGAUGUUAAUUACAAGCGAGAGACGCGUGAAUUUUGUUUUGCUGAUGUAUUUAGAAAAUUCACAAUAAACAUGAAUGAUUGAUUAAAA